UCGUGACGUCACAGCCUCGUUUAAAGCGAGUAGCCUGUUUAACUUUCUUGUUUUGCUCCGGUGUGUUUUAUCGUCGGCACCGCGCCUCUAAAACUUCCUCCCAGCCGUCAGAGCUGAACAUAAAAACUCUCUGUUGAUUAGGCUUCAAGAAAGGGAACCAUGCUCCGCUGCAGGAGGUGUCGGAAAGGCGUCAUAGACUCAACAUGUUUGGCCAUGGUUGAGGCCACGGAUGAAAGCUCAGCUGCUGUUUGCAGCAUUUGGCACGUGAAUGUUGACACAUUGCCAGAGUGGAUACUGACCUCAGUUCACCAGGCCCAGUGGACUGUAGGAAAACUGAACUGCCAGAACUGCGGAGCUCGUCUGGGCGGCUUCAACUUCAUAAAUCGCAGUGAGUGUCCCUGUGGCCGGGACGCCACCGUCCACUUCAACAAAAGCCGCGUGGAUCGCGACCACAAGCACUACGUUCUCAUCGUCCAGCCGAGGAGGACGAGGCCUGAGAAGGGACGGGCCGGUCUGCCCACAGACGGCGCUCCGAACAACGAGGAGAGGCCUGAGUUUAACAGGACUGCACUGGGCAGUUUACAGCUGAACUGUGCUGCUGUCAUGUCCCACAUCGGCCCCGCUGAGGCCUCAAGUUCCCUGACUCAUAGUGAAAACACUCAGUCGUUUCCCUUCAGUCCUCUGUACUGCAUCUCUCAUAGGAGAAGAUGCAGUUUGGAAGACGACGCCACCUUCAGGUCUUCAUGUUUUUGCCCGUCAGGUCUUAUGGACAAGUCCGCUGUUGAUCUGACACGGGCAGGGGCGGACGAGUUGACGCGGUCGCCCGUCUCGUAUCCCAGAGGUCGGCGGUUUGACACAGAUGGAGAAGCCUCAGUCGCCGCUGUCGCCUUCAGUUCAUUUGUUUCCGGGGGGAGACGUUCGCCUCUGGAUCAGCAGCUGCUCCAGAGGGAGGAGGACGUCGAGUCUUCAGAGACCACGGCUGUCCAGGAGGAGGUCCCUGAUCCAACCCUUUUCCUCAGAGGAAGAACCGUCUCUGACAGCGUGGGCGAGCAGGAAGAGGAAAUGGUGCCUCAAGCGUCCAUGGCCUCACCAGCCUCGAACAGCCUGAGCAAAAGAGAGAAGAACCGUCUGAAGAGUCUCCGGAGGAAACAGAGGAGGAGGGAGCGGUGGCUGCACAGUCAGCUGGAGCAGGAGCAGCUGGGGAAAAGCAUCGAGGCUGAGAGCGUGAGCAGGUCACCGUUGGACAGCGAGGAAGAGGAAAGAGAGGGCCUCACCUGCGCCGUCUGUCUCGACGUCUACUUCAGCCCGUACAGCUGUCAGCCCUGCGCUCACGUCUUCUGCGAGCCGUGUCUUCGCACGCUCGCCAAGAACCGACCGACGAACACACCCUGCCCUCUCUGCCGCACGCUCAUCUCGCACACCAGCUUCCACAAAGAGCUCAACCACACUGCCAAGACCUUCUUCCCAAAAGUCUACUACGGACGAAAGCAGAACUUCCAGAACGCCCCGUGUGCAAAAUGGCCUCUGCCCAGCUGUCGCAAACGCUUCCGUCCCUUCUGGGGGUAUCAGAGACCGGCAGCGACAGCGAGGAGACGCUGGCACUUCGUCCACGGAGGCUUCGCGCUGGACGCCCUGGACCUCACCGACAUGCGCGGCUGGCUCUUCGACAUCGGCCUGGUAAUCGUCUACAUCCACUCGGUGAACUGGAUCCUGGCUUUCCUGUUCCUCUGUUUCCUCAUGUACUACUUCUUCUUUUGAGAAACUGAGGAGCGCUGGAGAGUUUGCGGUGCAGGGUUAUCGGUCUUUCUGGCUUCACGAGUGGGAGAGAUUCAUGUCGAACCUGUUAUGUCAGUGUCUCAAAAUGAGUGUUACCUGUGUUAAGUAUCCAUGGUAUUAGUGCAAUAACUCACUCUGACGUGUCCUAAGAUGCAAAAAUAAGACCUGUCACUUUAUUCACCAGGAAAACCUCGUCACAAGUUAGGUAGUGAAAUCUUUGGUUUGAGGCAGAACGUCUUGGUAUAAUGGUAGUGGUUACCAGGCUAAACAAACUUGACACUUUAGUUUUUGAUAAUUUAAGAAAUAGUUCAACAUUUUGGGGAUGUAUGUUGUUCUCUUCCUCUCUGAGAGUCAAAUGAGAAGAUCAACAUGAUCUCAUGUUUGUGUUUUAAGGGAUAACAUUGAUAUUUUUUAACCUGGGUAUUGUGUGGUACUUUAACUUGAUUUAGGCAGUGGUAUUCCAGCAGCUCCUGUGUUCUGCUCGGUAAAAUUACUGUUUUUGUCAGUGGAGUCUGGUAGAGAUAUAAAGUCAUGUUUCUGGUCAAACAAAGGCCCAGGUUAAAAAAUACUAGAGCUAUCCUUUAAGUAUGGCGCUGUAGCUGUGAGGCGAUUAGCCUAGCUUGAUCUGAAGACUGGAAGCAGAUUAAAUUAAAACAAUACACCAACAAACAUCCCCACAGAUUAAUCAAACAAGAGUAACAAAGUGUUUGUGAGCUUUAAAGGUGUUGGUAGGUGUAUAUUUUACUUUGAGUCAAAGCUAGGCUGCCUCCUGACUCCAGCUCUGUACAUAACGCUCACCUACAGACAUAUGAUUAAUAAUAAUAAUCUUCUCUUUGCAUCAGUCUUAACUAAAGGGAAUGAGUUUAUUUCCCAAAAUGUUGUACUACCCCUUUAAUGUAGCACAGGCAGGAUGAGCCAAACUGUCACUUUACUGAAAAAACCGUAAGGGAGUCAGCAAUAAAAAUAAAUUAAUAUGAGACUGUAGUUUUACUCCAGUGUGAUUGGAAGAAGUUCAGUCUUGGUAUUUUUUUAAGCAAAGUUAGAUUAAGAGAAAAUGUGAACAUGAGAGACCGUUUUCUUCUACGUCUACAUGUUAUUUUAUUUACAAAGCAAAGGGUUACUCAGGAUCCAAACCUCUAAUAAGUAAAGAGAGCAGCCGUUAUUGAUUGAUCGGAUUGAUUGACGGGACAAAGAGGUGACGGCAGCAGGAGGAGAAAGAGCAGAGUUUUAGCUCUCUGGGACAGUAAACACUGUUUUCAAAAGAAGGCAGAAAGAAAUUUCAGUAAUAUAAAGCUUUCUGUGAAUUGUGUCUUUUUCUCAAAGGAAAUACAAAAACAGACAAAGCCAGAUAAAAAAAUAUCAGCAUUUAUUUUGAGUAGAGUUUAUUGUCUAAAGGCAAUGAGAUCUGUCAUUUAAGUAUGCAUUUUAUUAAUUCGCUCAUUGUGGGUCAGAUUGAGUAUUUUGAUCUUGAGAGUGAAAUCAACAGUAAUAAUAAAUCUGUUGUUUUUCUUGGUUCAUUAUAUGUUUUCAAAAAAACGUGCAUUAACAGGAGCGUAAAUUAAAAAUGUGGCACCUCCUCUGCCUGCCGGAUCAGGGUGAAUUUUAUCCAUAGUUAUUCUUUAGAGAAAAAAAUAACACAAAAAGCAAAGGUUUGGUGCAAAGACGUAAGCAGCAUACGUCACGUCCAACCACAAAGGCAACCUUUCCCUGCACUAAUCUUUUCUGUAUUAACAAUGAUCAGAUGACUCUCUCAGCACUCAACAAACAAGUUCUAAUAAACCCACUGUAGUGUAGUUAACUGUAGCAACAGCUGAACAUUUAGCUGCUAAACAGACAAAUAUUGUUCUCAGGAGUUGGUGGAGACUGAACCACAGCUAAAAGAGAGAGAAUAAUGGACCUAAAUUCAUCAUGUCUGUUUGAAUCAUUUGACGGCUUGUUAGCCAUACUGGAAUAUUUAUGUUCCCAAUGUCCUAAGUUCCCAUUGUCCAAUGCUCCUAGAACCCCAAGGUCCUGAUCUUCAAUGUUCCCAAGAUCCCAUGUUUCUAAGGCCUAUGUUCUGGGGGUCCUAAGUUACCAGGGACCAGUGUUUCUAGGGUCCUAUGUUCCCAUGGUCCUAUGUUCCCAUGGUUCCUAAGUUCCAAAAGGUCCUAUGUUCCCACAGUCCUACAUUCUGAUGGUCUUAAGUUCCCAAGACCCUACGUUCCCACGAUCCUAAGCUUGACAAGUUCCCACAAAAGCCCAUGUCAUAUUGACUAUAGAGCUAGGGAACAUAUCUUUUACAGGUUCCCAUUAUGUGCCAUAUAAAGCUGGGGAACAUAGGACCUUUGGAGAGCACAUGUAGAACUUGGGAACAUAGGACCCUUCUCAUGUUCCCAUAAUGUGCCAUAUAAAUCUGGGGAACAUCGAACACUGCGAACAUAGGAAUGACUACCAACCAUGUGAAUUCUGUCCUUUUGUUUUCAUUGUUUCUGCCCCCUCGUGGUCAAAAGAAUAAAUGCAACUUCAAAUUAAGGUUUUAAUAAUCACGCUCAUGCAAAAGUCUGGCAACACGAAAAGUCAUUUAAAGCUGAAUUUGUUCACAUCUGCAGCAGAACAGUGAUGAUCUGUACGUGGAUGUUAACUCGUGUCAUGUGUAAAUGUCUUUAAAAACAACCUGCAGAUGCAUUAAAAUGUCCAACUCGGUCACACAGAAGAAACACUG